AUGGCUCUGCAGUCCCAAUCAUCUGAGGACUUCGAGAUCCGGUCGCUGGUUCUCCGAGAGAGAUUCUACAAAGACACCUUUCAGUGGGAUAAAUGGCGCCGAACGUAUCACGAUGACGAUGAAAAGACCUGGAUAGAGAUUGCCUGGAUCUCUGGCACGAUUGACAAAUUCGUUAGAGAGUCCAAGCAGAUGGCCAACAGAGUAUCUUCGACACAUUUCAUCCAGCCGGUGGAUGUGCAAAUACAUGGGGCCAAGGCAUUGGCUCAUUCUUAUGGCCACAUUACUUUGCGCUCCUCAGAUGAUGGGCAUGAGUAUGAUAUGGUUUCCUGGGGUUGGUGGAUUCAUCGAGCAGUGAAGGUUGAAGGGGCUUCAGGCACGUCCUGGAUGCUCGUGGCUAUGCGGUUCAUCUACGAUCGUGAUUCGAUCAUCCCGACAUGCCCCAGUUCUAAAGCUACGUUGGAUGUCCAUACCGCCGAGGGUGCCAGAAGUAGUUACAAGUAUCUUCACUGGGUCCUCACCAGGCGAGGCUACGAAAUAUCGGCCAAAUUGGCGGGCAGUGAUGAUCGCAGUAGCGUCGAAAGUCUGCGUGCACAGGAGGAACACUGGCUCAAUUCUACAGAGUAA